UCACCAGUUCUUAAAGUUAAUUCAAAGGAGCCAAAAACUGUUAAUUCAGGAAUUCUUCUUAAUGGACAUUUUGAUUAUAAUGUUAAAUUUAACUUAACACUUGAAUCAAAUGCUUCAACUCUGUGUCAAGGAUAUAGCGGAUUUGAGAAUAUUGCAGAAAAUAUAGUUGGUGUUGACUGCUGGACAUUACUUGGAUUUCCAAUACAUACUACACGAGGAAUUGAACAAACUUUGUACAGCUGUGCUAGUGUAGUUGAAGCAAGUGUAAAGUCCAUCAAAUUGCAAUCCAGUACAACAGGAGCAAUUAAUAUAACAGAUGUGCAAACUAUCCCAGCACAAUGGUAUAUUGAAAAGGGAACCCUUAAUAUUAUUGACAUGGAUCCUUGGUGGGGAGGAGUUGAAUUUGGAGAAAAACUUCCUAAUAAUAGUCUAUUAGUAAGCGAAAAUACUCUUUUAUUACCAGCAGGAGCUUCCAACACAUUGGGUACUAAGGCUGGUGCAAAUGCUGCUUCUGCUCCUGCUAUUGCAGUCCACAUGAUGCUUAACCUUGAAGAUAGUUCAAGUGGUUAUCGAGGGGAUGGAAUUGGAAAUUUGGCUUUAUUACAACAAUGGAAAGAAGAGGGAUUAACUGAAAAGGGUAUAAGUGGUAUGUACAAACGCCAAUGGAAUGAUAUUAUGAUCAAUAUGGUGACUCCUACCAACCGGGCUAAAAUCAUUGGUACCACUCAAUUUACAGUGAACAAAACAUGCUAUGAUGUACGUUUUGCUACACAGUAUUUGAUAGCCAUGUUUGGGCUAAUAAUUAUAUUUUGCAUACUUUUAACAAGUCUUAGAAAUGAAGGUGUUUUCAAUUCAUUGAUUAUAAUUAGACAUGUUAUUCAGCAAAUGGACCUUGGUAGAGCAAUAUUAAAUGCACAAGGAUGUGGAGAGGCAAACACUGCUGAUUCAUCACAAUGGGUAAAAAUAGAUGUGAAUAAUGCAAUCAGAAUUUUGAGAAAAGAAGAUUAUCUAAAAACAAAUCAAAGGCGUAGUACAAGAGGAUUAAACAUUCCUAAUGAUAUAGAUGAAUAUACACAAUUAACUAAUAAACAAAUUGAUGGUGUGGUUAGAAUUAUUAGACAAGGGCAACCAUUCUCUGGACAAAAUAUUGUUAUGGGAACACUAAAAUCAUUAUGA